CCUCAAUUGAGAGAGAGUGGAUAAGUGCCUCUCUCUACACUCUCACUACACAGUGAAGAGAGGCAAAGCCAUGGCAAGAAUCUUAGCCGCAACUGCAAGCCCAAAUGGCUGCUUCGACACCCGCCCAUUUCGAUUCAAAACUCAAAAUUCCAGCAAUUUCAAUAUAGUUUCUCAUUUUUCGCCUCUAAGCAAUUUCUCCUCCAUGAGAAAAACCAAUUUAUCAGCUCUUCUUGUGCCGAAUUCUAGAGUAAUAAUAACUUCUAGAGCAAGAAAAAAGAGAAAAGAAAGUGGGAAAAGCUUCCUGAAUCGACCUGCCGUUGGGGCUUCAUUGACAACGCAGCCUGAUAGUGAUACUGAGGAGACUCUGCCCCAACCCUCAGCUCCAUACUCGAUUAAAAUCCCCGUGGGCGACCGCCAUAUAUUAGUUGAGACAGGUCACAUGGGAAGACAAGCUAGUGGUGCUGUUACAGUUACAGAUGGAGAAACUAUCAUAUACACAACUGUUUGUUUAUCUGAUGUUCCAAGCGAGCCUUCCGACUUUUUUCCUCUUUCAGUACAUUAUCAAGAGCGAUUUUCAGCAGCUGGUCGAACAAGUGGAGGAUUUUUCAAACGAGAAGGGCGGACAAAGGAUCACGAGGUUCUUAUUUGUAGACUGAUAGAUAGACCUCUGCGACCGACCAUGAUUAAGGGCUUCCAUCAUGAAAUACAGAUACUGUCUUGGGUACUAAGUUAUGAUGGUUUACAUCCUCCAGAUUCUUUGGCAGUUACAGCAGCCGGAAUUGCAGUAGCUCUCUCCGAAGUGCCAAAUUCUAAAGCUAUUGCGGGAGUCCGAAUUGGUCUUAUAGGUGAUAGAUUUAUUGUGAAUCCAACAACCGAGGAAAUAGAAGACUCAAAACUAGAUUUGUUGGUAGCAGGCACAGAUAGUGCGAUAUUGAUGAUUGAGGGAUACUGCGAUUUCCUUCCUGAAGAGAAGUUACUUCAAGCAGUGGAAGUUGGACAGGAUGCUGUAUGUGCUAUUUGCAAAGAGAUGGACGCUUUAGUAAAGAAAUGCGGGAAGCCAAAAAUGCUUGAUGCAAUUAAGUUACCUCCUCCUGAUCUGUAUAAGCACGUUGAAGAGAUUGCAGGAGAUGAAUUAGUUGAAGCUCUACAAAUCAAGAACAAAAUUCCAAGAAGAAAGGCCUUAUCAUCAUUGGAAGCCAAAGUGUUAAAUAUCCUAACAGAGAAGGGUUUUGUUAGCAAGAUAGAUGCUGUUUCACCUACUGAAGCUGUAACCGAUUUAGUUGAGGAUGAAGAGGAGGAUGAGGAGGUGGUUGUGGAUGGAGAAGUUGAUGAAGGUGAUGUUCACAUCAAACCAGUUCCAAGGAAACCCAUUCCCUUGCUUUUUUCUGAGGUAGAUGUGAAGCUGGUAUACAAAGAAGUUUCAUCCAAAUUUCUGCGUAAACGCAUUGUGGAGGGAGGAAAAAGAAGUGAUGGCAGAACUUUUGAGGAAUUACGGCCAAUUAAUUCGCGCUGCAGACUACUUCCUCGAGCACAUGGGAGUGCUCUUUUUACACGUGGUGAAACACAGUCGUUAGCAGUUGUGACACUCGGUGAUAAACAAAUGGCACAGAGAUUAGACAACCUUGUGGAUGAGGAUGAGUUCAAGAGAUUUUAUCUUCAGUACUCGUUUCCCCCGUCUUGUGUUGGAGAAGUUGGGCGUGCAGGAGCACCAUCUAGAAGAGAAAUUGGUCACGGAAUGCUUGCAGAGAGAGCGCUGGAACCUAUAUUGCCUUCUGAAGAUGAGUUCCCCUAUACUGUACGCGUUGAGAGUACCAUCACAGAAAGCAAUGGCUCAUCAAGUAUGGCUUCAGUGUGUGGGGGGUGCUUAGCAUUGCAAGAUGCUGGCGUUCCAGUGAGGUCUUCAAUUGCCGGUAUUGCAAUGGGUAUGGUUUUGGACACACAGGAAUUUGGGGGAGAUGGAACUCCGCUUAUUAUGUCAGAUAUAACGGGGUCUGAAGAUGCAUCAGGAGAUAUGGAUUUUAAGGUUGCUGGAAAUGAUGAUGGUAUAACUGCAUUCCAGAUGGAUAUAAAGGUAGGGGGAAUUACUUUACCAGUUAUGAAGCAAGCACUUCUGCAAGCAAGAGAAGGUCGAAAGCAUAUUCUUGCUGAGAUGUCCAAAUGUUACCCUCCUCCUUUGAAGAGGCUCUCGAAGUAUGCUCCUCUCAUCCAUGUCAUGAAGGUCAAACCAGAUAAAAUUAACCUCAUCAUAGGUUCUGGUGGGAAGAAAGUGAAGAGCAUUAUUGAAGAGACUGGCGUUGAAUCGAUUGAAACUCAAGAUGAUGGAAUUGUGAAAAUAACAGCGAAAGAUUUAUCAAGCUUGGAAAAGUCUAAAGCAAUUAUUAGUAACCUGACAAUGGUUCCAACUGUUGGCGACAUUUAUAGGAAUUGCGAGAUCAAAUCCAUUGCUCCUUAUGGAGUAUUUAUCGAAAUAUCUCCUGGCCGAGAGGGACUAUGCCAUAUUAGUGAGUUGAGCACAAAUUGGCUAGCAAAGGCAGAAGACGUUUUCAAAGUCGGGGAUCGCAUCGAUGUUAAGCUGAUUGAGAUCAAUGAGAAAGGGCAACUUCGGUUAAGCCAUCGUGCAUUACUGCCAGAUCCCACCCCAGAGAAGCAGAACAUUAAGGAACGUACAGGUUACCUUGUCAAGGAAGGAACGAUUUCACAAAAAGCUCUUGAGAAAGGUAAGCAGAAAAAAACUUCAAGCGGUUCAAAGGAUGCUACAACAGUUGAAAAUGCUGAACCAAGAGAGGAGAAAAAUUCAACUAUUGAACUUACAAGUCCAUCCAAGAGUAAGUCAGCAGAGGCCGAUGCACCCACGGAAGAUAAGUUUGUCAAGAAAUCAGUAAUUCCCCCAAAGGAUGUCCCUGCAACUAACAAAGGUAGGCCAAAAAAGAGCAGUAAUAAACCUGCAGUCAACAUUUCCAUCAAAAGUGAAAGUGCAGUCGUCAAUGGAGAGGCCAAAAUUGGAUAACAAAUACACGGUGUCAAUAAGGUUUUCAUGGAGCUGUGGGGAUUGACAUUCCUCUCUCUUGGGCAACGAAGUUUAAUUCUGUCUAUGGAGACUAGUGUGUCUAAUGGAAGAGAAGCAUACCUAUCACGAAAUGGCUUUCGUGUAUAAUACCUCGAAGAGAUGAUUGUAGGCAGAGCAGAUACAUUCUUUUUUCAGCAACACUCCACAUUUGCUGCGGGGAAGGAAGUUGUGAGGUUUGCAGCACCUGAUGACCAAAUUCUGCAGGGUAUGAUUUGGUUACUAUCUUUAGGAUGUUAGUCGGGAGCUAUAUUACUGUUAUUUGUGUUGUUUUGUGAAUUUUUGGCGCCUUUUGGUGUAAUCGGCACAUAAAGAGAUGUUAUCUCCAGUUACUCAAUAUGAUAGUAUCGAUAUUUUUCUUGUUCUAGCCAUUUUCUGUUUUGUUUUGUUGAUGCUACCUAUGCUGUCACGUUUGUUCUAAAUGCAUGCUAUGUAAUUAAAAGCCUUUCUCUUGUGUGCUA